AUGCCGAAGCGAUCCUACGUCGAUUCCGACUACGGCGGCGAUGCCACACGUCGGCGUCGGCUAAACAGUAAUAGCUCGUCUUCCCAGUCUCAGUCCCGCCGUUCUACACAGUCCACACCGUACGUCCCACAAUACACCACCACCAAUCGCUCUUCUUCGUCGAGCCAAACUAGCUCCGGACGCCGGCAACUUCCCUGGCUAUCGACACCGGGCACUCAGAGAUCCCAGAGCAGACAAAUUUCCCAGAGCAGACCCAGUACCCAGAAGACAACCAGCGCUCACACAGCACGUAGCAGUCAAAGCACACAACCAACCUCGAACAGCUAUGCAAUUCCGAGCUCGCAGCAUCGUCCUCCCGCGCAUGUGCAGGCCAUUCGCGACACCCUGAACUGGCUCAGCACCCAGCCCGAUAUACUCGAGUCGGACGAUGAGCCCGAGGUUAUUGACCUUACCCAGGCCGAUCCUGGCCCCGUACUCGAAUUCUAUGGCCAUUUCGACGGCAAGAUUGUUGGUGUGCGAUACUACAACGGCGUAGCUUCUCCCGGUGAAGUAGUUGUCUGCAAGCGAGAACCUCAAAAUCCGUACGACUCCAAUGCCAUUCGUGUGGACAAUGCUUUGGGUAGACAGAUUGGCCAUAUCCCGAGGGCCGUUGCAUCUAAGCUAACCCCUUACAUGGACAAGGGUGACCUUGUAGUUGAGGGCAUGCUUACUGGAGAGAAAGGAUCUUUCGACUGCCCUGUCCGACUUUACUUCUACGGCACGAGCGCGCCACUUCAACGAGCCAACCUUGAGGAACGGCUGAAGAAGGACAAGCUUGUUACAGCCACCGAACUCAAACAAACACGCAAGGCAAAUGAGGAACAGAGAAAGAGACAGAUAUUGGAACUCAGGGGCAAUGGUACUCAUGGCUUCCCUAGCCAAACGCAAGAGCCGGAGCCCAAGAUUACAAUGGAACAGUUGGCUAAGAUGAGCGAGGUCACCAAUUUCCGUUCCGGCGGUGAUAUGAUCAAGUCACUUGCCAUGAGUGAGGAAGACCUGGCCAACCUUCCUAAGGCUCCGCAGCCAGAGAAGCUGCGCGCGCAGUUGCUUCUAUAUCAGCUUCAGGGCCUUGCUUGGAUGAUCUCCAAGGAGAAUCCUAAACUGCCUGCAAAGGGGUCCACUGAUUCUGUACAGCUUUGGCAGCAUACCGCUGACGGCAAGUACUACAACAUGGCAACGGGCUUCAAGAACAAGACUGCUCCCGAGUUGAUGUCAGGCGCCAUAUGUGCCGACGAUAUGGGCCUUGGCAAGACCAUCCAGAUCAUUAGUCUCAUCAUGACCGAGGGCCUGGGUACCGGCCCUACUCUCAUCGUUGCCCCCGUUGGUGUGAUGAGCAACUGGAAGCAGCAGAUCAGACGCCAUAUUCACGAAGAGCAUCAGCCAAGCAUCGUCAUGUAUCAUGGAAGUAAACGCAAAGAAUUUGCCGAUACGCUCCAUGACCAGGAUGUGGUUAUCACAAGCUAUGGAACCUUGUCCGACGAGGCUCUAGUCAAGACUCGCUGGAGAAGGACUUGGAAUUUUGUGUACAAUACUAACAGGCUGCACAGCAUCCGUAAUGCCAAAGCCAAGGUGGCUGAGAAUGCUUGUAAGCUGGAGGCCAAGUCCAGAUGGGUACUUACUGGAACUCCAAUUGUCAACAGUGUCAAGGAUCUCCAUUCGAUGGUUAAGUUCCUCCGCAUAACAGGCGGAAUCGAACAGCCAGAUAUCUUCAACACUGUUCUCAGCAGGCCGCUUGCCAACGGGGAGCCUAAGGGAGAAGCUCUGUUGAGAGGUUUGAUGAGAGAUCUUUGCAUUCGCCGAAAGAAGGACAUGAAUUUUGUCGACCUAAAGCUUCCGGAGAAGACCGAGCAAACUGUCAGUAUCACCUUCUGGCCUGAUGAGCAGAAGAAGUAUGAUGCUUUGCUAUCCGAGGCACAAGGAGUUCUUGAAGACUACCGGAGGCAGUCCAAGCGUUCCCAGGGACAAUUUCAGGGAGUCCUCGAGAGGCUUCUUCGUCUUCGGCAAACUUGCAACCACUGGGUUUUAUGCAAGAAGCGAAUCACCGAGGUUCUCGAUCUUCUCGCAGAUAAAGACGUGGUUGACCUCACCCCUGAAAACAAGGUCAUUCUGCAACAGGCGCUUCAGCUCUACAUUGAGAGCCAAGAAGAGUGUCCUAUCUGCAUUGAACCAUUGAACAACCCGGUCAUCACGCAUUGCAAGCACGUCUUUUGCCGAGGCUGUAUUGACAAGGUCUUUGAAGUUCAGCAGAAGUGCCCUAUGUGCCGCGCUCCCCUCUCAGAAGACAAACUUCUUGAACCAGCGCCCGAACACUUGGCCACCCAGGACGAAGAGGAACUUGAAUCCGAGACCAAGAGCUCCAAGACCGAUGCCGUGCUGAGGCUUGUCAAGGACAGCCUCGGGAAGGAUGCGGGCAACAAAGUCAUCAUCUUCUCCCAGUGGACCUCCUUCCUAACCAUCAUUCAGCAUCAGUUGGAUGAGGCGGGGUACACAUACACCCGUAUCGAUGGCAGCAUGAACACAGCUCAGCGCGACGCUGCCAUCCGCGCCCUGGACUAUGAUCCCAACACGCGCAUCCUGCUGGCCAGCUUGGGCGUUUGCAGCGUGGGCUUGAACCUGGUCUCCGCAAACACCGUUAUCCUUGCGGAUAGCUGGUGGGCGCCCGCCAUCGAGGAUCAAGCUGUUGAUCGCGUCCAUCGUCUCGGUCAGACCAGGGAGACCAAUGUCUACAGACUUGUGAUGGAGAAUACGAUCGAAGAACGUGUGCUGGAUAUCCAGAAGGAGAAGAGAGAGCUGGUCGGCAAGGCGUUCCAGGAGAAGCAGGAUAAGAAGAAGAAGGUUAAGGAGACGAGGAUGGCUGAUAUCAUGAAGCUGCUUUCUUGA